CUGUGGACUGUAAUGGACUUAGCUAGUAAAGCUGGUGAUCUUGAAGAAACAGUACACUCUAGUGUAAAUCAUCUCGAAUAUAUUGUUAAACAUUUAGAAGAUGCUCUUAUUAUUCGACAUCGAUUUAAACAAAGUCGUAAAAAUAACAGUUCCAUUUCAACGGCACAAACAUCUGUAUCUAGUCCAGCUAAUACAAAUGAACAAAUAGUAAAUAAAGAUAAUUCUUGGUAUGCUAUACUUCCGCUUACAAUAAGCAAUAGAUCACGUAUUCCUGGUCCACGACCUUGUUCACCACAAUCAAGCAGUUAUCUUAAUGGAUUAUACUUAAUUAUUAAAGCGCUUUAUGUUUUUAAUUCAACUGGACAAUUAUUUUUGUUAGCUAGGUUUUUAGGUCAAACCACAAUAUUUUUUGGACCACAAAUGUUAAUUGAUCUUAUAAUUGGUACACAGUGGUAUCAAAGUGGAAAUUUUCCACGUGUUUCAUUUUGUGAUUUAGAUAUGCGUAAAAUGGGAAAAAAUUAUCAUAGAUAUACAUUACAAUGUGUAUUAAGUAUUAAUAUGUUUAAUGAAAAAAUUUUCAUUUUUCUUUGGUUCUGGUUUAUUGGUAUCACUUUAAUAAAUAUACACAGCUUCUUACGUUGGUGUUGUAGAUCAACAUUUCAAACUAGUCGAGUAUGUUUUAUUAGAAGUUUAUUAUUUAAUAAAAUCUCAAUGAAGAUAAACAAUAAUAAUAUUAAUAAUAAUAAAUCAGACUAUUCAUCAAAUAAUACUAAUUCCAAUGUAACACAAAAUUCUGAUUAUCAGUCGACUAGUCAACAAUCAACAACAAUACAGUUAGCUGAUUCAUUAUCUUCUGAAUGUUAUAAUGAACAAUUAUCAAUAACUGAUAAAAAAGCAUCAGCAUUUUUUACUGAACAUAUUUUAGGACAAGAUGGUGUAUUUGUAUUACGUUUAAUUGCAUUAAAUGUUGGUCAAUAUAUUGCAUCAAAAAUAGCUUGUCUUAUUUGGGAUCGUUAUAGACUUGUGAAUAAUACAUCAAAGUAUACACGUACAAUAAAGAGAACACAAGAAACACCGAUAACGACGGCGACGACGAUGAUGACCACCACCACCACCGCCACCACAACAACAAUAACAAAAUCACAAACAAAACAUGUUGUAACCAGUAGUAUUAGACAAUUGUCGAAUAUUGUUCAAAAUCCACCUAUUCCUGAAAGAAAAGAUAAAACUAAACAUAACAAAGAAUUAAAUUUAUCAACAUCUAAUAAUAUUGUAAGAAUUAGAACAAUAAAUGCAUCUAAUACAAUUGGACAAUAUUCACAAAGUUUACCAUCACAAUCAUCUAUAUAUAGUUCAAGAAAUUCUUUUAAUAAUUCUUAUGAUCAUUGUUCACAUUCUGAUAGAAAUUCCUCAAAUAAUUCAAGAAUUCAAAGUUUAAAUCAAACAAAUAAUUUUGUUUAAAAAAUAUACUACUUAUAAGUAACACUAUCUUAUUAUAUACAUUUAAUUAAGUUUAUGAACAAACGAACAUAGAUAACACUAACAGAAUAUCUCUAUGGAUUUCAUUAUUGUGAUAUUUCAAUAACAUAAUUUCUUUUAUCUAUUAAUUAGAUAGUCAUUUAUUUUCCUAUUCAUUAAAUAUGCAUAAUAUUCUUGGAGUUAUUCAGUUUGAUUGUUAUUUUUGUCGGAAUAAGAGUUUGUGGGAAUUGUAGUAAUUUAAUGGUUGAAUUCUUGUAUCGAUUUAAAUUAGAUCACCUGAAAAACCUGGAAGUACUGGAUGACCGUUUUGUUUUAGUAUGAGACAUCAUUGGAUACCGAGUCAGUGGUUUAGAGAUUAAGCAUUUGCGCAUGAGACCGAAGGUUCUGGGUUCGAAUUAUACGUGAAGGAUUGUGGAUGCUCACUGCUGGAGGAGUCCAAUACUUAGGACGGAACAGUUAUCAAGUGCUUUCAGGUUUUCUAGAAUAGUCUAGACUAAAUCAACUCAUAAAAUAAUUUCUUGAAUUAAUUAACAUUAGAAUUUUGUGACAUUUUUUGUUUUUUUUUCUUUGUAAAAUAAUUCAUAUGUACUGAAGAAUAAAUCAUUUUACCUGGUGAAA